GGGACAGGGGGCGCUCUCCCCUGGCAUUGGGAGGUACCGUUGGGCGGGGCAGUGUGGGGCCAGCACCCUUGGUGCAAUCGCUACAAACACAGGAACUGGCCCCCCCGCCUCCCCCAGUGCAGGAAACCACAGGGGCGGAAGCGCCGCUCAGCUUCGGGGACUUGGUGCUGAGCCACCCGUGCCCUGGGGGGCCGAGGGGAGCAGGCGGCAGGUGCAGGGGGGCCGAGGGGAUGCGCUGAGCGACCAUGGAUGAGGAGGGGCCGGCGGAGCAGGAGUCAUGGUCCCCGGUGCAUCGGGAGCGGUCCCAGACCUCGGGAUCCCUGUCCGAGGGCUCGGGGAAGAAGCGGAAGCAGCAGGGGGCACCUGGCAUGGGGCAGCGGGGGCCUGAGCCCCAGACCUCCGAUGACAAGGAACCCUGCACCAAGCGGGUGAAACCCGUCGCCAAGACCCUGUCGGGCUCGGGGCCCCCCUCGGCCAAGGUGACACCCCUGAAACGCCUGAGCCAGUCGAUCCAGAGGUCCAUCAGCUUCAAGACGGAGCCCCGCCCCCCUGGCUACGUCCCGCCCUCCCGGGCCGGGGGCUGUCGGCGCCGCAGCAGCAAACUCUGGAGCGAGACUUUCGACCGGGUCAGUGAGGAGCUCUCGGCCCGGGAGGUGAAACGCCAGGAGAACUACUACGAGCCGAUGCUGACGCUGGCCAUCCUGCCCGAGGCCGAGCUGCGGGAGAUCUUUGGGACCCUGGAUUCCCUGGCCCCACUGCACCAAGACUUGCUGGGGCGGCUGAUGGGUCUGAGGCAGGAGGACGGGACGGUGCCUGAGCUGGGACCCACCCUGCUGGAUUGGCUGCCCAGGUUGCGGGCCUACGAAUCCUACUGCUGCCACCAGGUGUGGGCCAAGGCGCGGCUGGACCGGCGCAAGCGGGAGCCGGCCGUGGGGGAGUUCCUGCGCCUGUGCCAGGAGUCGGCCUUCAGCCGCAAGCUGGAGCUCUGGAGCUUCCUGGACCUGCCGCGCAGCCGCCUGGUGAAGUACCCCCUGCUGCUGCGGGAGGUGCUGCGCCAGACGCCCCCCGAGCACCCCGACCACGGGGCCCUGCAGCGGGCGGUGGCGCUGGCCCAGGACCUGGUGGGGCUGAUCAACAGGAAGACGGGGGAGGCCGAGUGCCGCUACUACCAGCAACGGCUGAGCUACCCCGACGGGGCGCCCCGGCACCCCGGCAUCGACCGCUCCAGCCUGCUGCUCUGCCAUGGGGAGCUCCGCAACAGCAAGGGGCAGAGGCUGCACGUGUUCCUGUUCCAGGAGGCCCUGGUGCUGACCCGGCCCAUCCUGCAGGGUGAGCAGGUCGUGUUCCAGGUCCAGGGCCCCCCCCUGCCCGUCGGCCAGCUGGAGGUGCAGGACCUGCCUGACGGGGGGGCCCGGCUCGGGGGGGCCCUGCGCGAGCGCGCCAGGAGCUGCUUGCGGGUCAGCGCCGGGGCCCAGGCCCACACCCUGCAGGCGGCCGACGCCUUCGACAAGCAGCAGUGGCUGAGUCGCCUGCGCCAGGCCCUAGCCCCCCGCCCCCCGGUGGAGCUCGACUGCAGCCUGGGGCCCCUGGCCGCCCUGCGCCUGGACUGUGACCCCCCCAUGGACCACACCUGAGCCAGGCCCCCCCCCCCAGUGCCAGCACCCAGGGUUCACCGUCACAUGGAGCUGAGAGCUGAGCCACCCGGACCCCUGGGUCCUGCCGGGACGUCGGCCCGCCGAGCCGGAUUCAUCUUUCUCCAUGUCUCCCCGGACUCCUGGGUCCAUCCCCCGCCCCCGCUCCUGUAUUUAUUGCGGCCGAGGGUUAUUAACCCCGUGCGGGCUGCUCUCGGGCCGUCUCCCCUCCGCGGCGGUCCUACCCCCCACCCCAGGUUGGAAGACGAAGGUGCCCCCUGGCCACCCGGGAUUGGGAGUCGGGGGCCUGGGGCUGUCUGUUUGCGGGGGGCCCUCGCGUGUCCCUGAUGCCCUGUACCCCCCCCCAGCCUUUCUGUGACCAGCUGCCAAUAAACGUGGAUGGUCGCAGCCCCCUGAUCCCUCUGUGUGUGUCUCUUCCCCCUCCCCCCCGGCCGGGUAACAGGCUACUGCUGCCACCAGCUGAGGGAGUCACCCCAGAGCUGCCCCCCAGGGGCCUGUGGGCAGCACUGCGCGGGGGGGGGGCUCUUGACUCUGCGCUUCAUCCCCAGGCCCAAGGCAGCCCCCGCAGCGGUGCCCUGUCAUAGGGGAGGGGCCUAUGGGAGGGGUGGAGCCACGGUGGGGGCAGGGCCCCAAACUCCUGAGUCUGGCUGCAGAGGCUCCCAGUGUGUGUGGGGAGGGGCUGAGUCAAGCCAGGGAUCCUGCCAUCCCAAUGGCCAGCCGGUGAGAGAGGGCGUGGCCAGGCAAGAACCCUGCCAUUCCAUUGGCCAGCUGGUGCGAGAGGGCGUGGCCAGGCAAGAACCCUGCCAUCCCAUUGGCCAGCCGUG